AUGAGUAAUAUACGCAAAGAUGGACCUUACUCAUGGUUUUAUUUAACUGCAACUAGUAUUGUCAGUUUUACAAUUGUCGGUCUUGGUGACUCAAUUGGGAUUAUUGUCGCUGUUUUUAUAGACCACUUAAAUGUGAGCAAUGCAAAGGGAGGUAUGAAUUAGCAGCAAUGCAUGCAUAUUAUUUUAUCGUUUCUGGACCAUGUGCUACCUGUAUGAAUGGUAGUUAUGAGCGUAGAUGAGUUGUGUGCUUGAUUUACACAGUACAACUCAAGUUGUUAGCAGGUUGCAUGCGACAGUUUAUGCAAAAAUUACAUAGGCUAAAAAUAAACUAAUCAACAGAUGUUAUAGGGUAAGAAUUAGGUUUAGGUUUCCUCUUGCAUUCUAGGAUAAUACGAGAUACACAAUCAUUAGUUUUCUAAGAUGAGCAUCAUGAGAUGGAAUCAUUAGCAUUAUUAUUGUAUAAAUAUACUGCAUUUCCUGUAUUAAUUUAGUCCCCAAGCUCCUUUACCCUCCUCCCAUCUAAAUUAGCCUCCAAUUAGCUGAAACAAAAUAAGCCCCCACUCUAUUUAGUCCCCUUCCGGCAUUAAUUAAAUCAUUCUCGAUGUAAACUUAUGGCAAAACAUGAACGCAAACGAUCUUUAUAACGUUCACUGAUAAUGUUGUAUAUAUAACGUCACUGAUACGGCUAAAUAAUGGUAAAUUCUAAAAUUGUAUGAAAAUCUCUUCAAAUGUUCCUCUAAUGAUGGGUUUGUAACUAGUACUUAAUAAUUUUUACAAGAACAAACUUUAUUCAUCCCCGAUCCUCUAUUUAGCCCACCGUCCCUUUCUUAUAAGCCUCCAGUCCAGAAUCACGGGAAAAUAUAUAAACUCUGGGGGCUACAUAGGGGAAAUACGGUAAUAUCAUUUAACCCAUGUACCUAGCCAUAAGCCAGGAUAAUACGAGAUACAUGAUCCGAUUACUCUUUCUAGGUUGGAUAGGCUCGAUAGUUUUCUUCCUAGGACGAGCGUUGUCCCCUAUAGUGGUUUAUAUUCACAGACGUGUUGGAUUUCGCUGGUGUAUGUUCAUCUCGAGCGUACUGUAUGGUUUCUCGCUAUGCGUCACACCAUUUAUGACCAACAUAAACAUUGUUUUUUUAACUUAUUCGAUUCCAUUUGGAUCUUCGCUGAGCAUUGUCGCUACAUUAUCAGUUAUAACUCAGCGAGAAUAUUUUAGUAAAUAUUUUGGUUUUGCUGUUGGUGUGCGUUAUAGUGCCAACUCCAUAGGGGCAGUGGUGGUGUCUUUCAUUUUACCAAUUGUUUUGGCUGCACUUGGAUAUAAGAUGUCAUUUGUGUCUUUGUUGGUCUUUGCCCCGAUAAUUUUAUGCUAUGGUUUUGUUGCUCGUCAUCAUGUGCACCAAGACACAGAAUCAACUGAAAGAAGCGGGAAAUCUGUUAUUAAUCUCUACAAGGAAUUCUUACAAGACAAAUCUUUUACUAUCUCUUUGGUUGCAAUAGCAAUGUAUUUUUUUACUUGUUAUAUUCCAAUCGUUUUUAUGGUAAGUAUGAAAAUUGUUUUGCUAUCAUUUUUGCCACUGAGCCCAGGGAAAACUCCCACAAGGAUAUCGACUAGCAGCAUUCCUGCAUAUUUAAUUCUGGCCCCCAUCGUAUAUGUAUAGGCUUACAUUUGGAGACCAUAAGUAAAAGAAUCUAACUGAAAAUGCUGAUAAUGGAAGAAGCAACUUCCGUAAGGUAGAGUGUGGUUUUAAAAUAGGGGGAAAAAAUUUCUAAAAACGGGGCCAAAUUUCCCAAGAAAUACAGUAUGGCCCAGGGGAGUCAAAUUUCCUGGGACAUCUGUUUCGCAAAACAUGUCUAAAUACAAUUCAAAAGUAACCUGUAAUGUUAUAUAGUCUGUGAUGCAUCUUCGUGGUAAAGUGCUUGGUUUUCUGUUUUAAUAUUUACCUUGUAGGUUCGUUAUGGUGUCACAUUAGGUUAUCCUUUAUCAAAAGCAAAAUGGUUGUUAAUAGUAAGAGGAUUGACAUCUUUCGUAAUAAGAUUGAUAGCUGGACGUUUUGGUGAUUUUGCUCUAAAACAUGGCAAGGUGAAAAUGGUUAUGCAAAUAACAUUUGCAUUGUUUGGUGUAUUGAAUUUCAUGUGUUCUUUUCUUCGUGCUUUUCCUUUGUUACUCGUGUAUAUGGCUUUAAUUGGAAUAGUCGAGGGCGUGUGGUGGGUUACAUAUUCUAUCUUGGUUAUGGAGAUUACAGGAGGAUAUUAUUUUGAUGAAGCAUUUUCGUUAAUAAAUCUUAUUGGUGCGCUUUCUUCACUUUUUGGUAUUCCAGCAUCUGGUACAGUCAAAUUACAUUUAAUUUAAUAAUUUCGUCACCUUUAUAUAGAUAUGUACAAAAAAUGUAUACUAGCAAACAAGCAACACUAACACAACAUUCUUACAAGAUAACACACUAAACAUAGACGUGACUGGAGAAAAGAACAGGGCUUGCGUCCCAAUUGACACUUUACCCCUAUCAAUUACUAAUAUAUGAUUAAACAAACAACUAUAUAACAUUAAAUUUACUUAGAUGCAGCCAGGAGGACUAUAUGAUGGUAAUUUAGCAUUAUAGAACUCGCGUAGCCUGGCUCUAAAUAUGGAUAUACUAGAGUUAAUUACUAGAGAUUUCAGUUCUGAUGAAAGACUGUUCCACAGGUUGGCUGAUCUUAUAAAAAAAGAGUUCCUAAAGUAGUCCUGUUUGUGAUUAAUCAGGAAGUUGAAAUUGUUUUCGUCGUAAUUGCGUCGUGAUUUAUAGCCUGAUUCGAAGGUGCAUAAAUAGUUAUUGACAUCCAUAGAUAUUAGUCCGGUUUUUGAUUUGAAAACUAGCAACAGGUCGGAGAUCUCUCGGCGGAAUUCUAAUGGAAGGAGGUUUGUUUUAAUUAGCCUCUCUGUAUAGGACAUUUCGUUCGGGUAGUUCAGUAUAAACUUCGUCGCUCGCCGCUGAAUAUUUUCAAUUAAUGAUUUGUGUUUGAUGGUAUAUGGCGACCAGACGUUACUGGCAUAUUCCAGCUGGGGCCUAACCAGGGUGCAAUACAGGAGUCUUCUUGUAGCGUAGUCACGCAUGUUCCUACAUAUCCUUUUAAUGAGUCUUAUUUGCUUUCGAUGCAGUGACCUCGAUAUGCCUAGACCACGAUAGAUCACUGGAUACGGUGACACCGAGAUCCCCGAUGUGCAUAACUUUCUCGAUCGGAUGACCAUUGAGAUUGUACAGCGUGUUGUUUUCCAAUUUCUUCUUCCUCAAGAUGUGCAUUAUUGCCUUGCAUUUGUUGGGGUUGAACUCCAUUUUCAUGUCAAUACUCCAUCUCUGAACGUUGUUAAGGUCGACUUGAAGUAAGCUGCUAGAGGAUGGGAUGUUCAAGAGUUCUGUAUAGUUUGGAAUCGUCGGCAAAGAGUGCGAGCGUUGAAUUAGCCUGAAUGUAAUCUGGAGCGUCAUUGCAAUACACCAGAAAUAGUAACGGACCAAGUAUAGAGCCUUGUGGUACACCAGACGUAACCGGAAGCCAGUUGGAACAGACGCCAUGGAGAACGACUCGUUAUCUAUUUGUAACUUUGGAACGUAACUUUGGAACCAUGAGAGGAGAGAACCUUAGCCUGCGUAGCAGGCGGUAUUCGCGGGCACGAGAGAACGGGAAGCUAGAAAUACCGCCUGCCCAAAAACUACACAUUCUGAGUUCUCCGGCAGCUGGGUGACGGAGCAUUCUGAUUGGUCAGAAUGUUGAUUUUGAAUUUUUGAUUGACAGGUGUAAAGAAUUAGAAUAAUUAGUGCUAAUUUUAGAAGUUACUGUUGUCGUAUUAUAAACUAUUGUUAUUUUCGUAAUUGAUCCCAAUAUAUCGAGUGAUGGCAUACACUAUUAACGAAGAAAUAACGAAUGUAUUAAUUGAAUUAUUUAAUCUUUAUCUGGAAUCGGUAAUCCCAUCGUCUUGAAAAAUGAACAACGAAUAUCAAUCCAACAUUUGUUGCUUGAUAGAGAUGUGACACCGUGAUAAAAGAUGCAUAUUUGAAGAUACAGGCUCGCAAAUGACACUCUAAGUAGUGUUUUUGAUAGCGAUUGGAACAAGACUAUUACAAAGAAGUUACGUCCGAAGGGGCCGAAGUUAUGUUCGGCGAAAGGUAUGGCUAGUCUUAUAUUUUUGUUCAGACAAUUGCGUAAUUUGAUAAUAUACGAACUCGCUUGACUUUCAAAGCUCAUAAAUCGCUAUAAUGUUGACAUCGACUAAAACUAUCGCUGUGAAUAAGGACAUAUUGUCACACUGAAUCGAACGAGGUAUUUUUGUCUUCAUAGCAUUGAAUGAACCGAAGAUACGAAACGUCAAAGCCGUAUAUUUGCACUGGUGCAUUGGUGCAAAUGCAAUACGUGAGUUUGACAAAUAAAACAUUAAGAUGGGCGGAACCAUGCGUUCGGUGGGCGGAACUCAGAAUGUGUAGUUUUUGGGCAGGCGGUAUUUCUAGCUUCCCGUUCUCUACCGCCUGCUGCGCAGGCUAAGAGAACCUCCAAUCCCAUAAUUCUCGAGUUUAUGCAAGAGCAGACUGUGUGGUACUUUAUCAAAUGCUUUCGAUAAAUCGAGGUAAGUGGCAUCAACUUCCUUGCCACUAGCCACAGAUUCCAAGAUGUCAUGAUAUACCUCCAACAGUUGUGUUGUUGUAGAUUUGCCCCUAACGAAACCGUGUUGCAUCUCAUAGAUGAGAGGUGCUAGAUGGUGAUAGGAAUGAAAAUGAACACAACGUUCCAGGACCUUGGACAGCACGCAAAGAAGAGAAAUUGGUCGGUAGUUGGAUGACAGUGUUGGAUCUUCUUUUUUAAAGACGGGGGUGAUAUUGGCGCGCUUAUAUUUACUUGACCUUCGUGAUAAAAUCGAGUAUAAAUUGGAUGUUUCAAUUAGAAAUUCAACUGACGAGUAGAUUGGGGGAGAAACUAAUUUUAUGGCUGGGUGCAUGUGGAGGUCAAACACCAUGCUACUCGGAUGCUAGACUACUGGUCAAUCGAGAUUUAUAAACAGAAAUAUCGAGUAUCACAUACACAAUACUAAGAAACGUAGUUAAUUUUGAACGACAUGCUAGCGUUAUAGUGUAAACGCAGCCUGAAAAACCAUGUACAGUAGGCAAUCAAUAUUGUAGCCACAAUCAUGCAGUUUUACACAACAGGGGCCGGUUAUACGAAGGCCGGAUAGCGCUAUCCACCGGAUAGAUUUUUUCAACCUUUGAAAAAAUGCUUGAAAAACUGCGAAACUACGGAUAUAGACGACAUAAGAAGUAUAAUUAACUUUAUAAUGUAUACAUUAACUUAAAGUUAAUGUAUAUAUUAACUUUUAAAUACUAAACUUUAAUACGAGUUAUACCAAUCAACGACUGGGUGCAUGUGGAGGUCAAACACCAUGCUACUCGGAUGCUAGACUACUGGUCAAUCGAGAUUUAUAAACAGAAAUAUCGAGUAUCACAUACACAAUACUAAGAAACGUAGUUAAUUUUGAACGACAUGCUAGCGUUAUAGUGUAAACGCAGCCUGAAAAACCAUGUACAGUAGGCAAUCAAUAUUGUAGCCACAAUCAUGCAGUUUUACACAACAGGGGCCGGUUAUACGAAGGCCGGAUAGCGCUAUCCACCGGAUAGAUUUUUUCAACCUUUGAAAAAAUGCUUGAAAAACUGCGAAACUACGGAUAUAGACGACAUAAGAAGUAUAAUUAACUUUAUAAUGUAUACAUUAACUUAAAGUUAAUGUAUAUAUUAACUUUUAAAUACUAAACUUUAAUACGAGUUAUACCAAUCAACGACUGAUUUAACAAAGCUUGAAAAAAUCAGUAUCCGGUGGAUAGCGCUAUCCCGCCUUCGUACAACUGGUCCCAGGUCGCCACGCUUUAUCAACGUGUUGGUUUUUAAUGUGUUUCCCGAUUAAUUUGUAUACAAUUUACUUAUUAUAUUCUUUAUUUUAGGUUGGAUUUUUGAUCAAACUGAUGACUUUCGUUACGUAUUUUACACUGCGUUUGGGAUGUCUUUAUUAGCAGCACUUAUGCUGACUAUCAGCUCACAUGUAAGGGUUGACAAAGAACUUUCGUUGGUAGAAAAGAGUAAACGUGGUAAAGAAGAGGUACCUUGUGAAUUGAUUGCUGACAGGAACAAUUUGAUAUCUGAAAGUGACAUUGAGUCAAAAACAAAACUGGUGUACGAAACAACGGUUUGA